AUGGCUAAGGACGGGCCGGAGCACAGCGGGGGGCACAGUAGCGACUGGUUCACUCACGACGGACUGGAGCUGGGCGAGCUGGAAUCAGUAACAAGCGCUUCACUAAAGCAUGUCCUGAACUCCGUAGCCGCUGUGGGCCAGGAACACAGGAUGCCGCUGCAAUACAAAGCUCGGGUGCAGAAAGCAGGAAACAACAAUUUCCCAUUCUCUUCUCAUGACAACAGACACGACAUAUGCAAUGCAGUCGAGUAUUUUGACCUGGGCAUGGGCGUGAGGAAGUUGGACCCAGAGAAGCAGAGACAGAACUCCCAUAACUUCUUUGAGUGGUCUCGCGCGCCGGGCCGGAGCAGCCGCGAGGGCUUCGUCACCGUGUACCAGAGCACGUUUGUGUCGGGUCAGAGCCCCGGGAAGGAGGAGCAGUCCCACAGGCGCUACCCCAAACACCACUGCCAGAGCCACAGCGACCACAAACAGAGCUCCAGCAAAGCUGCUACUGAGGAUGAGAAAGCCCUGAAGCCAUCCCAGACAUCUUAAUCAGCCGAACACCU